GCCGCCCGCGUCGAUCGGAGUCGGGAUCGCGCGGGAAAUUUCCCCAAAUUCCCCGCCAUUUCUCUCCAAUCCAAUCACACCGAUGAAUCCAACGGCGGAUCACACCACCAACUGACCAACAUCCACCUCCGAACGCAAACCCUAGCCAUGGCUACCGCCGCCGCCGCCGCCGUCGACGAGCCCACCGUGGCAAUGGAGGAGGAGCUCAGAAAGGAGGGCGAGCUGGUCGAAGAGCCCACCGAGGCAAUGGAGCAGGUCGCGGAAGAUCGGGAGGAGAUCGGCGGGCCCGCAGAGGCAACGGAGCAGGUCGAGGAGGAGCGGGAGGAGGCCACCGAUCCCGCCGAGCCAAUGGAGCAGGUCGGAGAGGACCGGGAGGAGGCGGAGGCCGAAGAGGGGGCGUCGCUGCGGCCGGCGCUACCGGUGGGGAGGGUGAAGCGGAUCAUGCGGGUGGACCGGGACAUCAAGAAGGUGACGAGCGAGGCGACGCUGCUCAUCGCCGCCGCCACCGAGCUCUUCCUGGGCAGCCUUGCGGCCGGGGCACACACGGCGGCGGCGCGGCGCGGCCGUCGCGCGGUGCGCGCCGCGCACGUCCGGGCCGCAGCCCGCGCGCACCGGCCCACGGCGGACUUCCUCCUCGACUGCCUCCACGCCGAAGAGGAGGCUCCCCGCGCUCGCCCGGUCGCCGGAUCCGCCGGUGGCGGCGGUGGAAGAGAAGCAAAGCCGCUGCCGCGUGGGACCCGCCGCAUCGACGCCUUCUUCCAGAAGGUUACCUAGAGGUUUCUCUCUGUGUGUAUGUGCUUUCAAAUUGGUGGUCUAAAUGUUUACUUCAAAACGCUACGUGUAUUGUGAUGAAUCUAUGAACUAGCAAUUAAAUUAUGCAUUUCUCUUUAUUGGGUUCAUUGCUGUUUGUUGCAGUGAUAUGUGUGAGCUCAUAAGUCAUACCUUAAUUUAAGUAUUUAA